AUGAAGUUCUCCGUCGCCGCCAUCAUGCUCGCCGCUGCGACCAGCGUUGUCGCGCUCCCCGCUCCUGCCAGCGAGGCUGAGAUCGAUGCUCUACGUGCGCAGGGCAUCUCUGAGCACGACAUCGCCGCCCGCUUCCCCCGCUCGGGCCACACGACCGCCUCCAUCAUCGUCCGCCGCCAUAUCGACGUCGACGGCGAGGUUGCGCCGGGCCACUACGCCUCGCCCGUCGGCUCUCGCGACAUCGAGGCGCACGCCGGCCUGGACGAGAACUCGGCCGAGGGCCACGCCGUGGCCAAGCACGUCAACGCCGUCAAGGCCUUCAUCUCCGACGUGCUGAGCGGCCGCAUCGCCACCGCCGGUAAUGGCGGCGUGGCCAUGCGCCUGAAGAGGAGCAGUGGCACGAUGGGGCAGCAGGAGGGAGAGAUGCAGCAGCAGAGGCCAGCGAGGUGGACUUAUCACUGGUAG